AUGGCUGCUACUGGCAAAGCAAUUAAAAUUUGUGUUCUCAAGAGGCUAAAAAUAGAGGGGAUCGUAUCUCAGAAGCAAAAUGGCAAGCCCAAGACAGAACACAGUAAGAAGACUUUUUCGGAAUCUUUUGAGCAGCCUCCAAUGUAUGUUCCUGUCCUCACUUACAUGGGCUAUGGGAUUGUAACCUUGUUUGGCUAUCUAAGAGACUUUCUGCGCUCCUGUGGUCUUGAGAAAUGUCACGCAGCUCGGGAGAGGAAAGAACAAAAGGAUUUUGUGCCACUUUACCAAGAUUUUGAAAAUUUCUACAAGCGAAAUCUGUACAUGAGAGUCCGCGACAACUGGAACCGCCCAAUUUGCAGUGUGCCCGGACCUACUUUUGACUUGGUGGAGCGGGUCUCUGAUGACUACAACUGGACUUUCAGGUACACGGGACGAAUAAUUAAGGAUGUGAUUAACAUGGGCUCCUACAACUACCUCGGUUUUGCUGAAAACAAAGGAGAGUCCUUGAACUCUGUGGCAGAAGUGACAAUGACGUACGGUGUAGGAGUGUGCAGCACAAGGCAGGAAAUGGGCAACCUGGACAAGCACAUUCAGCUUGAACAGUUAGUCGCCCAGUUUUUGGGUGUAGAGGCAGCAAUGACAUUUGGGAUGGGCUUUGCAACCAAUUCGAUGAACAUCCCAGCUCUAGUUGGGAAGGGCUGCCUUAUUCUGAGUGAUGAGUUGAACCACACUUCUCUAAUCCUGGGUGCUCGUUUGUCAGGAGCCAUCAUCCGAGUGUUUAAACACAACAAUCUGCAGAGCCUGGAGAAGCUUCUGCGGGAUGCUGUGGUCAAUGGGCAGCCCCGAACCCACAGACCCUGGAAGAAAAUCCUCAUUGUGGUGGAGGGAAUUUACAGCAUGGAAGGCUCGAUGGUCCGUCUGCCAGAGAUCGUAGCUUUGAAAAAGAAGUACAAAGCCUAUCUGUACCUGGAUGAAGCACAUAGUAUAGGAGCAGUGGGGGCAACAGGCCGAGGUGUGGUCGAAUACUUCGCUGUUGACCCCACAGACAUUGACGUGCUGAUGGGCACCUUUACCAAAAGCUUUGGGGCAACUGGAGGAUAUGUCGCUGGCAAGAAGGAGCUUGUGGAUUAUUUACGAGCAUAUUCUCAUAGUGCUGUCUAUGCUGCCUCAAUGCCUCCGCCAAUUGUGGAACAGAUUAUCAGAUCACUAAAAUGUAUCAUGGGACUUGAUGGAACGACAAUAGGUAUUGAGCGAGUGCGUCAGCUGAGAGAGAACGCCCGUUAUUUCCGACGGCGGUUGCAUGAGAUGGGCUUCAUCACUUAUGGGAACGACGAUUCUCCAGUGGUACCCUUGUUGUUGUACAUGCCUGGCAAAGUAGGUGCGUUUGCCAGGAGAAUGCUGAAGAAGAACAUUGGGGUAGUAGUAGUGGGAUUUCCAGCCACUCCCAUUGUGGAAUCUCGGGCUCGCUUCUGCCUGUCUGCAGCCCACACACGCCAGAUGCUGGACACGGUGCUGAAUGUCCUGGAUGAAAUGGGUGAUUACCUACAAGUCAAGUACUCCAGGCAGUCUCCUUCUGUUCGUCCUGAGCUCUACAACGAGUCAGACUUUGAAUUGGAAGACUGAACUACCUCUGCAGUGUGAGCAUAAGCGUUUACACCACAUGUGCCCCUCUACCACUCCCCAUUGACGGAAACAGCAUACGUUUGCAUGCGCCUCUUCCUCUUUAAUGUGCGUGAAUCGGGGGUGGGUGGGGGAAUAAGGGCAGCAGCGAGAGGCUGCAGCAAGGCGAUGAACCUAUCCGAGCGUGUAGAGAGCGAGCCAACAAGCAACCCCUAGGGCACAGUUAUUCACCAGUAACACACCGCUGAUGGCCUCAGACAGAUGCUCCUCUGUAAUGUGCCCAGUACUGUGGGAGAAGUGAGAGACCAGAGAGAAAGAAAUCAAAGAGUUUGGUUCACAAGUCCUGCAGCUGUCCUUUCUUCAGAUGUUUGUUCACUUGUGCAGUUUGUCAAUUUUGGAGUAUUUUUUAAAAAAAACGAAAAAAAUUUAUUUAAAAAGCACUGUUGCUGUUACUCCAGGCGAGAAUUUAAAUUUUUAAAAAAAUCUUUCUAUGCAACUAUUGUAAUAAAUAUGCAUUCAGGAAUUAACCAAAAGUUAAACUCAGGCAUUUUUGGGUGGGUCUUUGUUAGAAUUUAAUUCACCUGCAAUUAGAUUUUCAGGCUGAUAUUAUUCAUAACUUUGGAUGUUUUGAUGGGAAACUGUUACCAAAGAAUUGCCUAAUCAUAUGGAAUUUUGUUGAAAGUUGUGGAAAAUAAUAUACCUGUAAAUACAGAAAUUAUAAUUUUUGUAAACCUUUAUCUAAAGUCCUGCUGAGAUUAAUUUAAAAUAUUAUCCUGGGGGAAUGCAAGGCAUAUUCUGAAUGUUCGAAGAGAGUGGUUUGGAUUGUUUUUAAAAUGUGAAAUUUUUCCUUCACACGAGUGUGUAAUAUUUGAGGGAUAAAAGGCUUUUUUAAGGGAAGCAAAAAAUGAUUAAUUACUUCAGAUUUCUAUCCACAUUUGAUAUUUUUAAAAAUAGUUAAUUUCAGUCAUCUUCAUUGCCUCAUUUUUAAAUAAUCUAGGUUUUACAUGCCGCUUGACCACCCUAUGCUGUUUUCCUUCAGCCCAUGGGAGGGAGGGAAGGGUUUCUCAGUGGUAGGGUAUAAGUCAUGCGCUCCAAUGCUGCUCCUGUCCAGGGCCCCUGACCCAAGUUCAGAUCCCCUCUCGCCUUCCUGGGCCCUGGAGUUCCUUAGUCCAAGCCACAGUUGCCUGCUUGACCACUGCUGCUGUGACUCUCCUUGAGAUGAUGAUCACAAGGCCUUUCUACCCCCCUCAGGGAAAGCUGGAUACUCAGUGCUUCCAGUCCAGCCCUGAUUUUGAACCUUCUGAGUGAAUGUCUUUGACCAAGGGACUGCUUGACCCCAGUAUUGCUCAGCAUCACUCAAAGCCCAUGCUUCUCAAUAUGAUUUAGUACAGUGAUAGUCAUCAGUUAGGUCCCUUCACAUCCCGAAGUUGCCAAUCUAUCCUGUAGUGAAGCAGCUCCAUGACUAAGGGCAAAUUUUGCCAUUUAAAAACACAAUCUGUAUUACUGCAGUUUUUCCACAGGUUGUUCGUUUUUAAGAAUAUUGAUCUUUGCUUAAACGCUUGUAACUUUUCUUUUUAAACUGUAGUGAUUGUUUUGUUCCAUUCUUGAACCCAACAUGUAGCUCAAAUCAUAACAUGCACAUAUCCAAAAUUGUUACUACUUUGUCCCUUCAGAAGAAAUGGAAAAACUUGCAAAAUUCAAUGUCUUCCAGAUUAUUGAAAAGAUAAUAUAAUGAAAUCUCGGUAGUAAUACUAAACCAGUGCCUCUAAUUAAUGCUUAAAUUCUAUAAAUUUAGCAGGAUAUGUUAUUACAGUGGGUCCAGAUUCUAACUGUCUUUUACCUCCAGUAUCAGUAUUGCUGUCGUCUCACCGAAUGUCAUUGACUGUAAUUCUAUGUCCAGAAUGGCAUCCCUUUAAGAAGUCAGAUUGAAAAUAGGGUAAACCGUACUGAAAUUGAAGAUUCACAAACAAUUAUUUCCAUUCCUUUAAAGUCCUUUUGAGGAAUUGGUUUUAACACCCCUCAGCUCAUUGGCAAAUGGCUUUAUUAGCAGCACUGAGCAGUCUGGUAUAUGGUGCAGAGAAUGCAUUAGUUCCUCCUGCACAGUACUGCAGUUUUGUUUGCGCUGAACUCCAGUGUCCGUUCGGAUGCUACUUAAACUGACACUGUUUGUACUUUCUUGACUAAAGGUUCUCUGGUUUGGGAGGCUGAAAUGGUGCCAUUUCCACUGAUCUAUACUUGCAGAUGCAAGCUAUGUCAAGUGGUUGGUUUUGGAGAACUUCUGCAUUGCAGACCAAUGAGCACUGCUGUCCUGAAACUUUCUAAACAGUAACUUGUCUCCCUGCAGCUUCAGUGGUUCAGUUUGGUAGCACCACCAUCUUGGAAUCAGGAGGCUGCAGGUUCAAAUCCCGCGCCAGAGACAUGCACAAAAAUCUAGGCUACACCCCCAGUGCAGCACUAUCCCGUUCCCACUGUUUUAAAGAAUCACAGAGGUCUUAUCCAUAUGGACCCUGACCAAAAUUUAUCUCUCAACCAAUUUCACAGAAAAUUAUUUGAUUGUUUUAAUUUUGCCAGAGCUUGCUGUGUGCAAAUUGGGUGCUGCUUUUAUGUACUGCAGUGGUGCACUUCAAAUGUAGAUCACUAGCUGUAAAGUGCUUUGGGAUGACUUGAGGACAGAACAGGCACUUCAGAAAUGCAUGGCUGUCUUCCAAUCAGGUCCGGUGGGACAAAAGACAGCAUUGUAUGUGUGUGGAUCAAGUGGCUGCCUCAUGAGGCACUUAAAUAAUGUCAUAUGAGAGUAGCUGGCACAUAGACAUGAGUGAUUUCUUUGAGGGGGUGUGCAGAUUUGUAAGGCUAAUACCAAGCUCGUUGGCAGAGGCAGGUGUAAAAUAAAUUCUCCUUGGCCACCAAUCUAAAAUGUCUUGGCUGGCACUUUCUAGCCAAGACAAGCUCAAGUCUGGUGAAGGUCUGAGCAGCCAGAGUCAGAAAGACAGUAUUUAAAAUGCCUUAAACCCUAUUAGGACACUUCCAAGAUACAGAGCUGCUUCCUGCCAAAAUGAAAAAAAAAAUCUGAUCCUUAAUUUAGUUCACAAUUCACUGUCACUUAAUUCACAAUCUGGGGACUGUGAAAGAACAAGUGUUUAGAUGCUUGUUUCUUUCCCCUGGGUAUUUUGAGACUGUUACAAUGUAGUAGGCAACUGCUUUGCCUUGUAGCUGACAGUUUGAACUUAGAGUGUCCCAGGAGGAAAUGUGCUCCUUUUCCCUCCAUACCCUUGUUUCUCAUCUUGACGGACCACAAAUUUCUAACUUGGAUUUAAUUUGACAUAUGUUUGCUUGCACAGCAGGGUGUCUGUGGUGGCACCUUUUCACAGUUGCCUUUCCAUCUGUGUACACUGCUUUUCACACUGUAUUUGCUAAAGUCAUCUAAGUCUUUUAAUUUCAACAUUUGUGCCAUUUUUAGGAUAACACCCAUUGAGCAUAAAGUAAAAAGUUACAGUUUUACGUGUAGUGGGAAUUGGCUAUAACCUGUAAACCUGCCUCUGUUAAUUUGUGUCUGACUUACUGCAUUGGAUUGAAGUUUAACAGCCUCCUAUGCUGAAGGAACAAGGUCAGAAUUCCUAAUAAGUAUUCGGGUUUGAUGACGAUUACCACAUUUUUCUAGUUAUUGAAAGCUGUAAAAUCAGGCAACAAUGGGCCUGAAGAAGGAUGGAUUCCCAGAUUUCAUGGGGUUAUUUUCCUCAGUGGAAAACCAUUUGCCAAAUCUAUCCUCAUCGAGGUUACCUAACGAUGAAACAAUGUAAAUCCGGUUUCUUAAAAAUGUGCAAUUUCCUCCCUUGAGCCUAAGCACAUUCACAACUCAAGCUAAGAGAGGGACUUGGUGAAAAAGCUUUUUUCUUUAGAAAGCCAGAAAAAUGUUGAGGUAAAUUCAUGCAACUUUUCAUUGGAUUGCACCUAUCAUCCAUCUGGACUUACACAUGUGCUCACUGGUUCAAGAAUCUGUUCACAGGAUCAAAAAUUGUCUUGUUACCCUCCUGGCCAGUGUAGUUAUCUAUGGUUGUAAUCAUACAGGGAUGGUGUGUUUCUAUACUUUUUAACCAUCUCAAUCUUAUUGGGACACUGUAUCUGCGCCAUUUACUAAGAGGAGUCAAUGUAUCUGUCCAAUUCUGGCAGUUAAAUGGAAUGAGGGACAUAUUGAGCUAAUUUUAUUUUGCAACACUUUCAUCUAGGUGAAGGAAAGCAGGCAAAGAAAAUCCGAUGUUCCUUGGACCCAUUUAGGAAUGAUUCAGCUAAUACUGCAACAAACCGUUGAAAAUCCACAACACUUAGAUUUGCAAGCACUUUUAACCCACAAUCUCUGACCAGGUUUGAAUUAAUCCUGUCAAUAACACAGCUACCUUGAAUAAGCCAACCACUUUCUUGCCUCAAAAUUCAUUCGGCAUUUGUGAUAAACGUGACUGUCUACCCUUAGCCUGAAUUUUUCCAUGUUGUUCUGAAGGGAUUACAACGUCAUUAGGACCUGAUUUUAAUGUCUAAUUAUGUUUGUUAAAAGAUGUCCAAUAGAAUUAUUUUGUGAACCCAUCCUAAUAGUUUGUGAUAAGUUCUAGCAGCAGUGAUAGGCCAUUCCGCCUAUCAAGUCUGCUUCGCUAUUCAGAUUUGAUAAUCCUCAACUCCACUUUCUACUUUUACCCAUUACCCUUUGACUCUCUUCUGACUUUCUCAGCCAUGAAUUAUAUUUAAUGACCCAGUCUCCACAGCUUUCUGUAGUCAAGGAUUCCACAAGUUCACUACCCUCUGAGAGAAGAAAUUCCUUAUCUCUGUCUUAGCUUGAUGACUUCUUACUCUGAGGAUUUGCCUUCUGGUUGUAGACUCUCCCACGAUGGAAAAUAAACCACUCUGUAUUUAACCUGCCAAGCCCUCUAAGAAUCUUAUUUGUUUCGAUAAGGUUUCAUUCAUUCUUCUAAACUCCAGUGAUUAUACAUUGUAAGUCAGUCCAUGCAAAUCUCAUUGUUUACUACUUCUAGUUGCAACUGGGGAGGGAAAAUAAAUCCCGGAUAGUUCUAUCAAGACAUUUAGGCACCUAGAGCAAAAACAAACAUGGCAGAAAAAUUAUUUAACUUGCAAUUUCAAUAUUAAAUGUGGCAGUUUAUAAACUAUAAGGAAACUAGUUACAAAGGUUUAUCUUUAAGUUCUAACUGCAUGCACUGAGACACAGGAAAUAACAUGGCCAACACGUACAAUCUCAAAAGAAGGCUCCUACCUCUGUUCAGAUAAUUGACUUCAGGUUAUGGCAGGAUAUACUACUGGGUCUGUGAGCAGUGUUGUGUAUACUAACAGGGAUUGGCAAGGAUUAAUUUGUAAAUUUAAUUUAUGUAUGACCUCCAUGUGCUUUAAAGUAUUGAGUGUGAAAAGUUUGUGUAUGCUUGUGUACUGACUUUUAAUAUCUAAUGGACAAGAAAGAAAUUACAAUUCCUUUUGUCACAUCAUUUUGUUUUGUAUAUCUGAUGAAGACACUUGAUUGGCAUGAGCAAAUAAAGCCAUUUGCGUUCCCUUAA